AACUCCAAAACCACAGUUGGAUUUCUAAGCAGCCGCCCAGUACCCAAAGCUCGUAAAUUUCUUUCUCCUCUUAUCAGAAUUAGGGUUUCUGCGGACGACGAUUCAGGCAUAUUCAAGUUCUUACUGUCUAUGUCAUUCGACUCCUGGUAAAGGAAGAGACAAGAUGGCGGUGGAAGAUUUGUGUCUGCUGACUUCUGAAACUUGCACAGUACCGAAUUCUGAGAGUCCUGAACCGGACGUGGAGCUGGGUAGUUUACUGAAAAAGAAGAGAAAGAAGAAGAAGAGGUGUAAACUUGAAAGCAGUGAUAAGAGUUGUGAAAGUCCCUCCCUACAGUCUCAACCUGUGCAACUCUCAGAUCAAGAAGCAUCACAACCACUUAGAGAGAAAAAUAUCACAAUUACCGAUUCAGAAAAUCUUCAGUCAAAUUUGGAGCUGAGUCUUUCCACAAAAAGAAGAAGAAGAAAAAGAAAGGGUAUGAAACCUCUGAGGCAAAUGAUACAAGUUGUGAAAGUCCCUCCCUACAGCCUCAACUUGUACAACUCUCAGAUCAACAAGCACCUCAACCACUUACAGAGAAAGUUGCUACAAUAACAGAUUCAGAGAUUCCUCAAUCAAAUGUGGAGCCGGGUCUUCCUUCAAAAAAGAAGAAGAAGAAGAAGAAAAAGAAUGGGUGUGAAACCUCUAAGACCAAUGAUACAAGCUGUGAAAGUCCCUUCCUACAGCCUCCACUUGUACAACUCUCAGAUCAACAAGCACCUCAACCACUUACAGAGAAAAUUACUACAAUAACAGAUUCAGAGAGUCCCCAAUCAAAUGUGGAGCUGAGUUUUCCACAAAAUAAGAAUAAGAAGAGGAAGAAGAAGAAAGGGUGUAAAACCACUGAGACAAAUAAUCAAGAGGUAGAAAUGUCACAACCCAUUGAGGCCGUACAGCCUCAACUUGUACAUGUGAUAGAUGAAAAGCUAGAAGUUCCACAACCCAUUGAGGAUUUGAGCUUCUCAGUGAAAAGCAAGAAAAGGAGUGGGAAGAAAAGCCAUAAACUCCAUGACUGUAAAAAUGAAGUCUGCGGCGUUCCUGUUAUGGAAAGUAAAAUGCCAGCAGUGGAUCCCUGUAUACAGCCUUGUGUUGAAAUAUCAUUAAAGCAGCUUGUUGCGGAGCCACUUGUGGAGGGAAUCAGUACAGCAACAAACUCCAAAAGUCCCAAUCCCAAUGCAGAUUUCGGCUGCUCACAAGAAACAAAGAAAAAGAAACAGAAGAGAAGCCACAAAACUAACGUGGAUAAAGAGCUAUUAGUGGAAACAAUGAUGGCAGAAGCAGAUCCAUCCUUUAAGCCUUCUCUUGCUAUGGUCUCUGAACAAGAAGCACAGAUUUCACAACCACUUGUGGAGGGAAUGAGCAGAACAGUAAACUCAGAAAAUCUCAGGCCAAAUGCAGAAGAAACAAAGAAGAAAAAGCGAAAGAGAGGGCACAAAACCAGUGACAGUCUAGAGCUAUUAGAGGAAGUGAUGACACCGGAUGCAGAUCCAUCUCUUCAGCCUAUUCUUUCUGAAAAAGAGUUAGAGGUGCCACUACCACUUAAUACUGAUGCAGAACCACUUCUGGAGGGAAUGAGCACAACGAUGAAAUCGGGAAGUCCGAAGCCCAAUGCAGAUAUUAGCUGCUCACAAGAAACGAAGAAGAAAGAUCGAAAGAGAAAGCGCAAAACCAGUGAAAGUAAAGAGAUAUCAGUGGAAAUACUGACGCCAGAAGCAGAUCCUUCUCUUCAGCCUUCACCGGCAAUACAAGAGGUAGAAGUAUCACCACUUCAUACUGAUGCACAAUCACUUGUGGAAGGAGUGAGCACAAAAACCUCAGAGACCCCCAAGCCCAGUGCAGCAUUUGGUUGCUCACAAGAAAAGAAGAAAAAAAAUUCAAAAAGAAAACACAGAACGAAUGAGAAUAAGGAGUUAUUGGUGGAAGUAACGAUGCCAGACACGUAUCCAUCUCUUCAGUCUCCGGUCUCAGUAUUCUCUGAACAAAAGGCAGAGGUGGCACUACCGCUUAAUAAUGGUACAGAGUUGAAAGAAACCAAGAUUGACGAAGUUCCUUCCUUGUCACAUUUGUCUCCAAUAGCUGAUUCUGAAGUAGUUGCUAUCGGAAGAGAGGGCAAUCUCUUGCAGAUGUCAAACUCAUCACCUGAAAGAUCUCUUCUCAACUGUUCUCAGAAAAAGCUUCUCAUUCUCGAUAUUAAUGGGCUGCUUGCUGAUAUUGUCCAGAUGGAAGUUUCUAUCCCCAGCAGUUUUAAACCAGACAAAAUAAUAUCUCGGAAAGCAGUUUUUAAGAGGCCAUUUUGCGAUGAUUUUCUACAGUUCUGCUUUGACAGAUUUAAUGUAGGUGUUUGGUCUUCAAGAACCAAGAGAAAUGUGGACAUUUUUAUAGACUUUCUUUUGGGGGACUCCAAACACAAAUUACUCUUUUGCUGGAACCAAUGGCACUGCACUUCUACCAGGUUCAAGACGGAGGAGAACAAGAAUAAGCCCCUCGUGUUGAAAGAGCUUAGAAAAUUGUGGGAGAAGCUUGUGCCUGGUCUUCCCUGGGCGAAAGGAGAGUACAAUGAAUCCAACACAUUAUUAUUGGAUGAUUCUCCAUAUAAGGCUUUGCGCAAUCCGGUGAAUACCGCCAUAUUCCCCACUUCAUAUCAGUUCAGGAACAGACAAGAUUCUUCAUUAGGACCUGGAGGCGAUAUCCGUUCUUACUUGGAAGGGUUGGCUAUGGCUGAGAAUGUCCAAAAAUAUGUGGAACAGAAUCCAUAUGGUCAGCAACCCAUAACAGAAUCAAAUCCUUCUUGGAACUUCUAUAGGAGAGUUAUAGAGGAUGUAAAACCCUUGAGAUGACUUUGGCCUUUUUCAUGCCUUGAACCCAUCGAUGGUUUGCAGGUCCAUUCCAUAUGUAAGUUUUCACAUUAACAUGUAUUGUUGUGACCUAUUAUUUUUUGUUGUCCCAGUUUUGCUUAAAUGAGAUGUACCAGGCAUAUUGCUUGUAGAAUGUUAGGCUAGAUCAGAAAUUUGAUUCCUAGUUCUUUAGUAAACCUGCGCUCACC